UUAUUAUCCGUGUGCUUUUAAAUGUGGUUAAAACAGAGGGUCUGUGUUUGGACCUUUGCCUUUUUUUGUUUGUUAUUUUUUUCUUCUGGUAUGUCUGUCAUCCACGUUGGUGUGUAGGUGUGGGGUGCUUCUUUAUGAGCAAAAGCUCGCAUGAAGGCCACUAGAGCCGGGAGUUCAUAACCUCGUCCAGUUCACGUUUCUGUUUUUCUUAUUGGUCCUUAUGAUCCGACUGAUCGACAGUCGCUGCAAAUGGGAUUAGAGGAGGCGGGGUAAUCUGGGGCAGCCCGUGGAAGAGGAGGCGUGGAGGCUGUGCGGUGAAAAACGAAAAAUGUACUGCCUGUGAACGAGAAAGCGUAGCUAGUAGCGUUAUGAUGACAGCAACGACAUAGCUAGCUAAAUCAGUAUUAAACCAUUUCAUUUAGCUAGUUAACCAAGCUAUCUGUUUGAAAGAUUGUUAGAUCGCUAAUUAGUUAGGCUUCAAGAAGUGGGCUGUACUUUUAGUCGUAAAGCUAGCUGGAUACAUAGCCAGAACGCUGAGAGACCCACCACCCAAAGAAUCAACCGAGAGAUUAAAGCCAUUUAACGCAGUCUAAUCUAUCGCUGUAACUACAUCCUGGCCCAUGUGAUUGAUUGAACGACGUGUGGAUAUGUGGGAGAACUGACAGAUAAUAGUGGGCUGAUUGUGGGCUGCUGUUAACUCCACCACACCUUCCAGGAAGGAGCAUCCCUGCAGCUGGCGACCGACGUGUUAACCUGUUAUACUUCUUUCUCCGUUCAAUGGAUUAUUCAUACUCUCUUGCACGCAUGCAUGCACACACCCACACUAAUGUAACUGCAGGCAUGGCCCAAGUCGCUUGGGCUUGAGACCGUAACCCUCCGAGGGCCUUAUGUAAUGCUCGGUCAUUGACCAAGAGGCAACAGCUGGCCACGACACACACCAGCGCACGAGGAAGUCCCUAAAGUCUCUCAGGGCUGAGGUGAACUUUUUGCUUUUCUGUUUCUUCUCACCUCACUCACCUGAGAGUUUGGGAAUUUCUUUAUAGCUCUGUGUGGUCCUCAUUUCAGAGUCGCUCCACUGACCUGAAUCUGGGCUCAGGAGUUGAGAAGUGGAGUGAGCUUUUUCUCUAUAUUAAGACUUCACUGUUUAUGUGGGCGAUUGGAGGCAGUGCUGUGCUUCAGGGCUUUUUUUUAUGUUUUUAUUUAAGUUUAGUUUAUUUGCAUAUUGUUCUUGUAGAUGGUUAGCUUUUUGUCCGUGCAGUUAGUUAGAAGCCUGAAGCCUCAUCUAGACUCAGUUUAAGCUCACAUCUCACAAACUAGCUGUAGGAAAUAUCUGUAAAAGUGAGCAGUCACUUUCUUUGGCCUUCUUUAGGCCCAGAUCAAGAAUGCUUCGAGUUGGUAAAGAGAGACUAAAACAUGCUCUGUGUAGUGAUGAAGUACGCUGUUGAAUGAGCUGACUAACGACACAUAUUUCCACAUAUUUCAUGACAGCAGUAAAAUCAGCAGCUUUAGCUUGUAGUCUUUUGUAUCAUUUGUGUGCCAAUAUCAUAGCGUUUUCAACAUUGCUGUAAAAAAAAAAACGGUAGAAGCACUCUCUUAUAGUCUCUUAUAAUUUUGUUUGUUUGUUUUAUUUUUUUACUCUAUUUUGCUGCAUUUUUUCAGGUUUGAUUUAGUUCCUGCGUUCAGCUGUGUUUGUAACCAAACAUCAGGCCCUCUGGGGAGGCUUUGAGAGCUUUAAACUGCACUCAGAGCUCGGAUGUCUGUCAGAAAGGCGAAGUUUAUUUCUUUAUUUUCCCCUACUAAGACAACGUUUGCUAAAGAUACAAAGACAGAAACUGACUAAAUCAAGUCACAAACGUUUUCUUCUCUACCUCUUCAGUUGUACUGUAAAACCAAAUUUGUUUGCCACACAAUUCACUCAGUCUUUAAUUUAUAUGGUCUUUUUAAAUUUCAUGCACAGGACUGUGCGCAUUGGAUUAGCUGUAAAACCGAAAACACUUGAUUACUUCAACACUAUUUUGUAAAAUUACUUUCACCAAAAAACACUUGAGCCAUAUUUUAUUUAGAUAUAUUUUUGCUUAUUAGUUAUUCUACUGCCUUUUAUUGUCAGUGUUUUUACGUUGAAGUUGGUUUUAUGACUGUAUGACUUCAAAAAUGACCAACUUAUUUUUCUUUUAUUCUUAAGGCUCUACAAUUAAUUGUUGUCUUUGUGUAUCUUAAGAGAGAACUUCAUUAAUAUUUAAUCAACGAUUUACAGAGAGCCCAAUCAAAGUACAGAGAACCUACCUUUCAGUUGCUUCCUUUUAUCCUUAAUAAUCUCAAAUAAGCCAUUUUCAUACAAUCUUUUUCUGUAUUUACUAGUUUUGUUCUAUUUUUCACCCCAAAGUGGCUUGUAGUGUUGAAGAGAUACAUGGACCUCAGUAUUCAGGACUGUGCAGUGUAGACCUCUCCAGCCCAGUCAUUGCUAAAUUUUUUUUUUUUUUUUUUUUGGCUUUUCGAACAAUUUAAAAAAAACUACUUUUCUGCUGAAGCUAUGCAGAGGCUGUGGCCCGUCUUUCCGCUGAAGCGAGGGAGAAAAGAACAGCCUCUCCUUCCUUAAUCUCCACCCACACAUUCACAUUCUCACUCACUGAGAAGGACAGUUUUUCCUGUGGCGGAUGUUCCUGGUGUUCCCUGGGUGAUGCCAAGCAGCAGUAAGAGUGGGGGUGUGUCUGGCCCCGCCUCCCCGCCCCAUCCCACACUUCCAUCCCGCCCCCUCCGUCCCAGUCGCUAUGUUCCUGUGUCUGCGGCGACAGCCUUCCUCGUGGGAGCAACCACGCUCUUCUUCUGCUUCACGUGCCCAUGGCUUUCAGAGGAGUUUUCAGUUGCUGUGCCAAUAUACAAUGGCAUCAUGUUCCUUUUUGUUCUGGCCAACUUUUGCAUGGCCACUUUCAUGGAUCCUGGCAUCUUCCCUCGAGCGGAGGAAGAUGAGGAUAAGGAGGAUGAUUUCCGAGCUCCACUCUAUAAGACAGUGGAGAUCCGGGGGAUACAGGUGCGCAUGAAGUGGUGCUCCACCUGUCGGUUCUAUAGGCCGCCUCGCUGCUCACACUGCUCAGUGUGUGACAACUGUGUGGAGGAUUUUGAUCAUCACUGCCCGUGGGUGAAUAACUGUAUAGGCAGGAGAAACUACCGCUAUUUCUUCCUGUUCCUGCUCUCUCUGACUGCUCACAUCAUGGGGGUCUUUGGGUUUGGCCUGCUCUUCAUCCUCUACCACAGACAGCACCUCGACAGAGUACACUCCGCUGUCACUAUGGCGGUUAUGUGCGUUGCUGGACUUUUCUUUAUCCCAGUAGCAGGCCUGACGGGGUUCCACAUUGUACUGGUGGCAAGAGGCAGGACCACUAAUGAACAGGUGACGGGGAAAUUCAGAGGAGGAGUGAACCCUUUCACUAACGGCUGCUGGAGAAACGUAUCGCGUGUUCUCUGCAGCUCACAGGCACCCAGGUACCUGGGUAGGAAGCGGAGGGCUCAGACAGUGUCAGUGCAGCCCCCCUUCCUACGGCCACAGCUCUCCGAGGCACAGCUGGCAGCCAAGGUGCUCGACAACGGUAUCCAAGGAGAUCUGCACCGGUCUAAGAGUAGUUUAGAGAUGAUGGAGAGUCAGUCGGCUGAUGCUGAACCGCCUCCUCCUCCUAAACCAGAGCUCAGAUACCCCGGUCUCUCGCGAGGAUCCAGUGGACACUCUGAAGAGAGCAGCCUGUUAAAUAAAGCUCCACCAACACCUACCAUGUACAAAUACAGACCUACCUACAGCAGCCCAGGGAAGAACCACACCGCGCUAACACACGCCUAUGCCAACCAGAUGAGUCGUGGGGACAGUCUGAAGGAGUCCUCCUCCUCUCUCCUCCAGUCCAGCCAGCAGCCAGGCUACCGCUCUGAGCCCAGUCUGGAUGGCCGUGAGGGGGGAGGAGGAGAGCGCGGGGGUGCUGAGCGACCCACAGUGGGCCAGGGUGGGCCUCCGGGCCCCGGGAUCCCUGGCUACUCUCUCGGGGGACGCUCUUACCCCUCCUUCUCAGACCCCACUGUGCUCUCUGGAGGUGGCUCGCGUUCCUCCAGCGUUCGCUCCACCCACAACGCGCCACCAUCAGACGCCACCACCUCCACCAGCUACAAAAGUUUAGCCAAUCAGACGCCUCCUCCAGCCCCUCGUAAUGGCAGCUUGUCGUACGACAGUCUGCUCACGCCUUCUGAAAGCCCUGAUUUUGAGUCUGCAGCGCCUGAGCUCUCUCCCGGGCGAGCGCGCACACCUGUGCUCGGCUACAGCUCCCCAUUCCUGUCUGCGCAAAUUGUUCAGCAGCGGGAGGCGGAGCUGCACCAGUCUUCUGCCUCUAGCUCCGCCCUGCUUGCUUCACCGCACCGCACUGCCUAUCUACGUGGCUCUCCCGCCUCCCCGCCCCUUCCACCCGAAAGAGAGCGCGAGAGGCUGCUCCAUGAUGCCCAGCCUCAUCAUCACCACCAUCACCACCAUCACCACCACCGGCCUCCGCGCUUUGCCCGCCCUCCGCUCCUGUCUGACUCAGGAUUGUCGCAGCCCUCGUACCCGUACCGCACUCGUUCCACGGACGCUCCUCUCCCCCCAACCACCCAUCCGCCCCGCUCACCCCACCCUCCUCCUUUAGGCAAGUCUCUGUCCUACUCCAGCGCCGCAGCCGCUGAGAUGCAGUACCGCCUGGUCCGCAAGGCCUCCGCUUCAGUCGGGGGAGUGGGCAUCCAGGCGCCCAAGGACGAGAUUCAGAUGAGAUCCUAUAGUCGGACGAACGGGCAGCCCAGAUCUUCUCUCCCUCAGUCUCCUACUUCUACCCCGUCUUCUCCUUCUCAUCCAGUCAGUGUCUCCACCCGCCCAGGACAGGCCUAUCCCAGUGCUGGUUCUUCACAGAGCCCCGCCCACAAGCCUGGAGGUGGGGUGAAGAAGGUGACGGGCGUCGGAGGGACCACUUACGAGAUAUCGGUCUGAGUGAUGGGCGGCUGCUUCGACUGGCUUGGUGACAAAAUAGCUGGACCUGGACCACCACCUCCUUCUGUCCGCUCCAACAGGAGAGCCUCAAUACAGGAAGUGAAGCAUGUGGUGUGCAGCAGACACUUCUUGGUGCACACACAAGAUUGAGUAUAGGACUCCAGCGGUUUUGAAUUUACAGAUGAGUUAAAACAAAAAGAAAAAAAAUCUAAAUCUGACCAGCAGGUUUAUGGUCAGAGAAGACACUCAGGAGGAGGAGGAGUAGAGUGCUGUUGCUCAAAUCUGGCACCCUGUUGUUCUAUAAAUCCCUCACUUUCGAGGCUGGACUUCCUGACUUGUCAUUAACGAGGAGGCGUGACCAGACAUGCUAUGGGUGUGGCAAAUUACCUGGACUGCUAUUUUUGUUUUAAGAAAAAGAAGAAGAUUGCUCUAUGAUGUGGGUGUAAAUGAUGCUUUGUAUGUUCUGUAUAGAGAAAAUGAUGAUGGUUUUGUUUUUUUCUACUUGGCACGUUCUCCAAGUAGAUGGAUUUAUAUCAGAGACUUUAUGGCAUGCGGUUGCCACUCUGGACCACUGUGAUUGGCUUGUGACCAUUCUGCUUCUGUGCAUUGACCUGGAACUGGAGAAGCAAAGCCGUAAAUGGUAGUGGAUUAAAGUAAUGGGUUGCUUGGAAAGGAAAUUGCAUAAUUGUUUUUUUUUUUAAAGGACAAGCCUUUUCAAGAUGGUGUUUUAGAGCAAUUGCCUUGAAAAUCAAGGAGAAAUCUUUUUAUUUUAUUUAAUUUCGAAAUGUUAUUUUAUAUGAAUUUAUAAAUAGCUAUUGAUGAGAUCAAUAAUAUGGGGCAUAUUUGAAUAGUGCACAUUUUUACGCCGGUUCUUUGGUCCACGCAUCAUGUGUGUUAAGCAUUUCUGAUUUAAAGAUUAAAGAACCUGCUCGAAAUAUGCAUUACAUGAAUGCGCCCUUUUGUUUUCUACUAAGGCUGAUGAGAUUCAUGUCCAAUUUGGAUUUUUAACCAAUCAAAUAGGUUUGGGAAGACUUGCCUACUUUUGAUUGACAGCUGCUACAGCAACUCAGAGGCUGCGCCUGGGUUUCCAGGUAAAAAUAAAUCGUAAAAAAAAUUAAAUCAGCCAGAUGGAACCUAUGUAAUGCACAGCCGCUGAGAUGUAGCAUCUGUAAACAUCUGAUAAACACACACGUACACAGGUUUGCCCGUUUAAUGGGAUACUUUUCAGAGUUACAUUGUAAAGUAUGUCUGCCUCUGAUAAAUGUCUGUUUUUUCAGUUAUCAUUUGAGAGAUAACUCUCUGGUGGCCUUGGCUAGCUGACCAAUUAUGAUUACAAGCUAGUUGGCCAGACAGAUGGGGAACUACAGUAUAUCUGUGCACUCUGACAGGACAGUGGUUAAACCAAUCAGUGUGACCACUGUAGUUAUGAAUUUUUUAUUAUUUAAUUUUUAUUUCUAAAAAAUAAUAAAACAAAAAAAGGUUUCAUGGACAUUUUUGCAGGGCUUGUUUCAGUGAUUCCUUGAAUUGUCAGUGGCAUUGGAUGGAGAUUUAGAUCAAGGCAGGACUAAAAAUAAUCAUUUGUCUGGCAGAAAGUGUUUUGUCAGCUGGUUAAACAGCCCAAGAAUGGCCUCUCAGCAGGACUCUGGAUCAGUAGGUUACUUGAGAAGGAAAAAAGUGUACUGUAUAGCUCAGUGUGAGUGAAUGUAGGUGUGUGUGCGUGUGCGUGUGUGUGGUUGAGCAUUGGUAAUAAACUCUUUAUAAAUCA